AUGGCUGGCGGUCCCGUUCCCGUGUGGAAAAAAUACACAUCCAGACCCGUGGGCAUCUGGGAGAAGAUCAGACAAAUUUUGGUCCUCGUGCCAAACAGAUCCUCCGGUAACCCACUUCCAUCAUUAUACAGAGCUAUUCCACCAGGCGCUAGAAUCCAGGAAGCCAGAGAUUACAUAGAGCCAGUGACCAUUCCUGCCGGCGACGUCAUUAAAAACCCAUACUUCAAGCGUGAUUACAGAAGAAACUACCCUCAGGUGCUUGGUUUCGACCAGACCAAGGUUUCUGGCUUGUUGACUUUGGGUUCUGCUGAGAAGCCUAGAAUUUCCAUCGGUGACAAGGGCUCCAAGGAGUUGGCUGCGUUUGGGCUGGACCAGAUUGUUAGCUUGUCUACUACAUUGAACACCGUCAAGCCAGACGUUAUCAAGGGCGAGCUUUUGGGUACUCAAGGUGAGCCUAUGGUGGCUCCUUCCUUGAACAAGUUCCACUGGACUAUCAUGAAGGAGCAAGUCCACGGCAUGUACAACGAUGACACCGACGUGUACCCUUGUCGUUUGUUCACCGACUCCAAGACUGCUGAGAGAGCCUCUGCUGUCCACUAA